AUGACGCUGUCUGGUAUUUGCAAUCAACAUCUGCUUGGUAUGAAAGACAUGGAGCAAAAUGACGUCCCAAGUAAAUCGAUGACUGAGAAAAAGAGGCUACCAUUGCUAAUGGAAUGUCUUGCAGCUGUUUCUCCAAAGUCUCCUUCUCAUGUACAGGACGGCCGGGCACCCUCAAAGUCUACAAUCUCGAAAGAGCCAGUCCAUGGCACCGAUUUGUCAGAGCCCGAGAAGGAAGAUCCCGUCGACUGGGAUUUUUGGCCUACUUCUGACACCCUCAGCAGAGAAAGCCCAUAG